CGGGCGGCGGCGACGGCGACGGCGGUCGCGGCGGCGGCGGACGGGACGACGACGACGACGGAGAAUGGGAAGCGAUGCGCGCGCGAUGGGGCGAAGACGGAUGAUGGGCGCGCGUCGGCGCCGGGACGGGACGGAACGACGUGGGGGAAGACGGGCGCGCCGAGCGCGCGAGACGUGCGCGCGGUCCAGAGCCUGCUCGAGCGAUCGUUGCGGCUGUACAUGUCCAAGGAGGAGGUGGUGAAUCAUCUGAAAACGCUGGCGAACAUCGAUCCGCUGUUCACCCAUCUCGUGUGGGCGCAAUUGGAGAAGGAUAACGAGGAGUUUUUCAAGGCGUACCACGUGAUGGUUCGGGUGAAGGAACAAAUCUUACGGUUCAACUCGCUUUUGGACAAGUAUUACGAGUUAGCGCGAGAGAAGGGAGAGAUUGAUGCGGAUAGACACCCGAUUGGUCAGGCGAGUGAGGCGAACGGGAGCGGAAAGAUGGCGAAACAAGAACCCGCGAGGAGAGGCGGCGCGCAGAGGAAACAAAGCACGGCCAAGGCGAAUACCCCGACGAAGACGCCGGUGCGAGCGACGAACGCGUCCGGAGCGCGAGCGAGUGAAUUACCAGUAAUGACUCCCGGGGCGCUCGCGGAUUGGGGCGCAAGAGGUCCAGAGACAACGUCAGCGGCGGCGACUCCAAGAGUUCCGGCGUUCGUCUCGCCGUACGAAGCCCAUCCCGAGCUCAGCGAUGAGAUCGCCAAGCUCAUGAGAACGCCCCAAAUGAUCGGUAUGGCCGAUUUACAGCUCGAUUUCGAUAAUCACAUCGGUCAGCUCACGUCUCCGGAUGCGGAGCCGUUCCAGUUGGCCAGCUUGUUCCCGCGAGACUUUUCCCUAGACGAGGUACCGGACUUAGGCAUCUAA